UCUUCUUCUUCUUUCGGGUUUCUGGGAUUGUUCAAACAUGCCUGCUCUUGUUAACUACAGUAAUGGCGACGGGGAGAUGUAUUCACUUCGUUCAAACCCCAUGGAAUUGGCACAGUUGUGUUCAAUUGCUAGAGAUGUGUACAGCCCUGCCUGCAAGAGGGCUCGGACUAGCUCCUCAUUUGCGUUCAAUUCCGAGGAAAGCAAUAGGCAGCCAUCAAUCGAAGUCCUCCCAGAAGAGUGUCUCUUCGAGAUCCUCAGGCGAAUCCCCGGUGGCAAAGAGAGGGGCGCGUGCGCUUCAGUGUCCAAGAAGUGGCUCAUGGUGUUGAGCAGCAUCAGGAGAUCCGAAAUCUGCAAGCCGGUCUCGUGUUGCGGCGAUGUGGAGAUGGCGAGCGGUGAAAGCGUGGAGGAGCUCGAUGGGUGUCUCACAAGGUCAUUGGAAGGGAAGAAAGCAACCGACUUGAGACUUGCUGCCAUUGCUGUGGGGACAAGCAGCCGGGGAGGUCUUGGCAAGCUUUGCAUUCGCGGAAACAGCAGCUCCUCUGGUCAUGGAGUCACUGAUCUUGGUCUAUCAGCAAUAGCUCGCGGCUGCCCUUCUCUCAGAACACUCUCUUUAUGGAAUGUGCCUCGGGUUAGUGACAAAGGGUUGUCUGCUAUAGCAAAGGAGUGCCAUUCAAUUGAAAAGCUCGACCUUUGCCAUUGUCCUUCAAUUACCGAUGAGGGUUUGGCUGCAAUCGCUGGAAGCUGCCCCAAUUUGUCAUCUUUGAGCAUCGAAUCUUGCUCGAGGAUUGGCAAUGCCGGGCUACAAGCUGUUGCGAAGUUUUGUCCCAAGCUCCAAUCUUUAUCCAUCAAGGACUGCCCUCUCAUUGGCGACCAGGGUCUAUCAGCUCUAUUCUCGUCGUCUACAGCAAUAUCAAAGGUCAAGCUUCAGUCUUUAAACAUCACAGAUCUCUCUCUCGCAGUAGUUGGAUACUACGGCAAGUCUAUCACCAGUCUGGUCCUCACUGGCCUCCAAUUUGUCAGCGAGAAGGGGUUUUGGGUCAUGGGCAGUGCUAAAGGACUGGAAAAGUUGGCUUCUUUGGUGAUCACUUCUUGCAGGGGGACAACAGAUCUCGGCCUGGAAGCCAUCUCAAAGGGCUGCCCGAACCUGAAACAAAUUUGCCUCCGCAAGUGUUCGUUCGUGUCAGAUAAUGGGUUGAUGAGUUUCACCAGAUCAGCAGGCUGUCUCGAGAGCUUGCAGCUGGAAGAGUGCAAUCGAGUUACAGAAUCAGGAAUCAUCGGCGCAAUCUCAAACUGUGGAGCCAAGUUGAAAUCACUCAGCCUAGUGAGGUGCAUGGGAAUCAAGGAUACUACAGCAGGGCUCUCACUAUCAUCAUUGUCUCAAUGCAGCUCACUCCGCUCUCUCUCCAUCAAGAACUGCCCAGGGUUCGGCAGUCUCGGAUUAGCUCUUGUAGGCAACCUCUGCCCUCGACUCCAGCAACUCGAACUGUCCGGGCUUCAUGGAGUGACUGACGAAGGGCUUCUCCCGCUGCUGAGGAGCUGCAACGCCUGUCUAGAGAAGGUCAACCUCAGCGACUGCUCGAGCUUGUCCGACGAAGUGGUCUCGACCUUGGCCAGGCUACACGGUGGAUCACUCGAGGUGUUGAACCUCGACGGCUGCAGGAGGGUCACCGACGCCAGCUUGGCUGCAAUCGCGGAGCACUGUAUGUUCCUCAGCGAUCUCGACGUGUCCAGGUGUGCGAUUACAGAUGCAGGAAUUGGGUACCUAUCAAAUGCCAAUCAGCUCAACAUUCAGGUGCUUUCGUUGUCCGGCUGCUGUUACUUGUCAAGCAAGGUACUGACUUGUUUGAAGAGAAUUGGGAGGACUCUUGUUGGGUUGAACCUACAGCACUGCAACGGCAUCAGCAGCAAGACAGUCGAGGUUUUAGUGGAGAGCUUGUGGAGAUGUGAUAUCCUGUCCUAG